AUGUCCGUACACGACUUUGACAGCAAGAACUGGGUGUGCACGCGCUGUCGCCGUACGGCGCAGACGCACGAACACAACACCUUCGACCAGGCUUUGAACGCUCGCGCGAUCAUCUCCAUGUUCGUCCUCGUCUCCGUGCUUCUCCGCCGUGGCGGUGGCCUCGUUACGGCGGUACUUGACGAUCCCCCCGGCGGCGGUCUCCGUCAUUUCGUCGCCGAAUUCGAUCACAGCGCGUAUGCGGAAGGCAGCAGAGAUACAUACUUCGUAUGCAUCGACCUUGGCGACUUGCUUGACCUGCUCGUUGGCCACGGCGCCGUCUCGCGGGACGUCUUGGUGACGUUGGACAUGCACAUUCACAUUCAUCCCCCCCAAGACCAGCCCACUCUCGGCGAUACCGCACAUCAAAACACUCGUCGUUCCUUGGGCGCGCUCAUCGGGUGUUCGCGCUUACGCACCCUCACCAUCAUCUACGGCGAGCCCGAGUCCCGUCCCAUACGUUCCUGGUGUCGCAGGACCCUCACCAACGCGCUCCCCGUCCUCCUCCCCGACCAAUUCUCCAGCACGCCCGCCCCUCAUCCCGCCUCGAGACACCUAAGCGAGAGACCACGUACUGGCCGUCGACCUCGAUCGUGCGUGUCCUCCUCGGUGAUCGAUCGGCUCGCCGACACGCUUUGCGACUGGGAGCGCUACCAGCGUUCCGAACUGUGCGGGUGCGGGCACUCCUCUGACGGACCGGAGGACGAUGGAUUGCUCGAAGUCCCGCGCGGCCCGCGCGAGGUGUCGAAGCGCGUCUUUGUGCCGUUUGCGAUCCGGGCACGGACGCGGACGUCGAUGCGGAGUUUAUGUUCGGAGAACCUCCUCGGGACGGAGCGAUCAACGAAGAAGUCGAGGUGGUGGAGGCUGGUGAACCCGUCGGAUCAGCAGAGGGAUCGUCGGGAAGAGGGAACGAAGGCGAGGGCGAGAGUAGCUGAAACAGGAUUCUGCAGCUCGGACGAGUAA